GCUAGCUCGCGCUCGACUGGGGCAUACAAACCAAUCGGCUAGGGAAUUACAGCUUCUGUCCGCACUAGGGCUGCAGCAACGUUGCUGGCCUGUGCGUCAUCUAGGCAUGCGCCGAAAUUUUCCCGAAGCAACGACGCGCCGCAUCAAACAUCUACUGAGGUAUCGAUCUAUUCGAACACUGCGUUGCAACGUUGAUUGCGGCCUGAGUUUGGUCGCAGCCUCCCGUUCCCCAAGGAGGCCAUGGCCGCGGUGAUGGCCGAGCUGUGCUCCUACCGAGAAGUGCCUGCUGCGCUGCUGGUGCGAGAGCACGGCGACAAGGUGUUUACGCCACACGUGCAGGGAUGUGUGCUCAUGGCCAAACCAGGGCGGCCGUACAUGGUGGCGGCAGACAUCGGCCGCGCUGCUGGCAUCGUAAGCACCAGCAAGAAGAAGGAGGAUGUUCUGUGGCCUCACGGGAUUCAAUGCGCUGACAACACAUUCGUAUGGCCUGCCAAGCUGACAUGGGUCAGCCUGCUGCGGGCGCUGCUGUAUGCGCUGAAGACGCAUUGCGUCCCAGUGGAGCAGGGGCAGUGGUCGCCAGCCGACCUGGCGCUGGUGCGGGCCGCGCUUGGGGUUUGGGCGGUGGGGUUCUCUGACAGCCUCCUUCGGGACUUGCUCUCGCUGGCGGUGAUCCUCGCAAACGUCUGCCUGGGCGACGACUGUGAUGACAGCUGCCACCUGUGCAGCUACAUGGCCGCCCAUGCGCGGUUCUGCCAGGCCCUCCGUGCCGUGCACCCGGUGGUGCACAGCAUGGAAGCGGCACUGGCUUACAUUGCGUCAACCGGCCAUGGGGUGGCAGGUGGCAGUGCCGGCAGCGGCGAUUUCGCUGCCAGGAUGAAGGCGGCAAAGAGGGACACUAGUGACCCCCUUGAGGUGCAGCGCGCCAGAGGCGCAACGGACGCCAGCGCGGCCACCAAGGAGAAGUUAGGCUACGAGCCGGGGCAGACCAAGUGGGCGGCGGCAGGGGAGGCCAGUGCCGCCGCCCGUGGACAGUCCAGCGUCCGGAAGUUCAUGCCGGACAUCCAUGCCUGGUUCAUGGAGAACUGGCGUGAUGAGAAGAAGCGGGGGAAGUGGGAGGCGGUGGUGGCUGCUCUUCCUCAGGUGAAGGACGCCAACGUGGACUCCCUCCGCACUGUCUAUGGCCGGUGGAAGCGGGAACAGGAGAAGGAGGAGAAGGAGGAGAAGAAGGAGCAGUAGGAGGAGGACUAGGGCUCUUGGUCCACCUCAUAGCCUAGGAUUAGGGGGAAAUUUGCAUGAAACUUCCGCCGACCGAGUAGUGCGCAUGCUUACUUCACAAACUCACCGUCAUUUGAUAGCCGAAGUUGAAGUGGUCAGGGUGGGGUGGGGGGCGGGGCGGAGGGCGGCGCAGGGGAGGGGGCAAGCAGGAACGUUGAAGGCAGGCAGGCAGGCAGGUGUCACAACACGACGAGAUUUGCUGCUUUCAAGAGGCCAUAUCUGGGCACAGAGAAGUACGGGGACGAGGGGCCUGCGGAGGUGCGGACCGUGUCUAGGACAAUGGACGAUGGACAAUGGACAAUGGACAUCCCCAUACAAGGG